ACCAACACGGGCACACGGCUGACGGCUUCUACUACAACUACAGUGCUACACACGUCUCACUCUUGAUGUCCAAUGUCCGUCGCGACCAACGGGCCUGUGCUUUCUAGGCGAGUUUUAAUUUUUAUGAUGUUCAUUUAUAUUCCUCUGUUCUGGGAAACGUAAUAACUAAUAAGUGACCAGCUAUUGAUAGUGGUCUCUAGUCGCUGCUGGUCAUGUUUUAGUCGCGAGUGAUUCAGUUUUUUUAUUUCGACUCAAAACCAAUGUUUCUGUUUUUGUUUUAACUUUACCUUUACAUUUUUAUUUUAUCUUUUUCUGUGAUCUCAACCGUCGCAGUGUUUAUAUGGUCGGCUUACCGAACGCAAUUCACUGACUUCUGGCCACACAUUUUGAUUAUAUUUUUUCUCAACGGCCCGCAGUUACUUACGUUUCACAACUAACCACCGAUCUGGCCGUUUGCUGUUUAUUUGUUGUAUCUAGACAAUCUUAGAACAAUUGACGCUCCUUAGCAGAUUUUAGUGAUGCAAAACAAACGAAAAUACAACAAAUAUCCAUUAUUUAUUUAUUAAAUGUAUUAUUCAGAUUAUAUUUGUGAAAUAUAAACUAAUUAUAUUAUGAAUUGAAAUUUAUGAUUUAAUAUGUCAGUAAUCAUAAAAUCUGAACCUAUUAGUGGAGUAGUGGAGUUGUCAUCGGAUGAUGAAGAAACAGUAUCAACACUAUCAACCAUUAAUAAUGGAAUUCCUAGUAAUGGAGUUCCUAGUAAUGGAAUUCCUAAUAAUAGAAUUCCCAAUUACGGACCUGUUGGACGCUGUUUAACACCAGAUACACAAUGCUCAAUUUGUCUUGAUGAUUUAAACGAUAGAUGUUAUACAGAUUCAUGUUGGCAUUUAUUCUGUUUUGAGUGUUUACGACGAUGGUCAAAUUCUGAACCAACUUGUCCAUUAUGUAAGAAAUCAUUCAGUCUUAUUUUUCAUUCAAUUGAUAAUGUGGGCAUCCAAGAAACAUAUGAUGUUCCUUCAAUGGCCAGCAUUCCGACACCAAGAAUAUACAUACGGCCAAUGAGUGAAAUGGCAGGUGAUAUAGACAGGAUGUUCAGAAUGAAUAUGUUUAUGAAUAUUGUCAGUACAACCAACAGAAUAUCUCAUCAUCCCGAAUAUGACAUAGACGAUGUGGACCAUAAUCAAAAUGGCAUGAAUCCAUUUGUACAGGAACUGUCUGAUAAUUAUCCUAGUACUACUUUACAAAGACCAAUCUCUGGUCAAGCAACGAGAAUACAAGUGUAUAUUGAUGAUGCUUGGGCUAUACCACUACCUGAUACAACUGGCCGUUUUAGAGAAUGUAGCUCAGCUUUCUACCGUGAUAAUCCAGCACAAACAUACAGAUUGCAUUCAUUCAUCCUUAGAGAUCUGGUUGCCGUGAGGGAAUCUAUAAGAUUAGAUGGUCAGUCAAUGCCUAUCCCAGUGAAUAACGAUGUUACUGUGACAAAUUUGAUAAUGCGAUCACUUGCAGCGUAUGAAAUAAGACAGUUACAUUUAGUCAACGUCUUAAGGCCUUUUCUAGAUAUGCGUGCAGUACAUUUUUGCCAUGAACUUUACAAUUUUGCUAAUAGCCCAUACGACCUCAGUGGCUAUGAUCACCAUGUUCGAUUUACUUAUCCACCGCAUGCUAGUGAAUUGACUAGGCCAUAUUAUACAACCAUAUUACCACCAAUCCAUAUUAUUGGUGAAACUAUUGUACUGGAUUCAGAUAAUGAAGAAAAUAUAAGGCCCCGUAUAAUGGAAGUUAUCGAAGUUAGUUCUAGCGCUGAUGACUCUGAUGUUGAAAUUUUAAGUCACUCCUUCCAUUCUACUAUGGAUCCACUUAAUUUUGAUUCUAUAGACCAACCAUCUACGUCUACUGGAAUUCGAGAUUCAUUAGAUCGACCAAACAAUAGAUAUAAUUUAAGGAGACGAAGAAUAUUCUCACCAACUGUUAAUGAUUCUUCUAGUUUUCCUUUAUAUGGUGGCUUACCUCGAAUUCCAUAUCCAUCUCAAGUAAGAAGAGGGAGGCCCAUUCUAGAUUCUUCAUCAGAUGAUGAAGAAUCAAUAACUGCUACUCGGGGUUCUCAAACUGCUCUUAUAAAAUCUCGAAAUGUUAAUGAUAAAAGGAAAAAAAAAACAAAAAGAAAUAAAAAGAAAAAAAGGAAACUAAACACCAAUGAUUCACGGUCUGAAACCCGCAGUACCAACAGAAAUCGUUCAUAUUCAGGAUCAUCUUCAUCUUCGGGAGAAACAGAUAUAAGACCAAUUAACGGUUGUAUUAUACGGAUAUAGUUCUAUGAACUUGUAUUAAUUUGUAAAAAGAAAAUAUUUUGUAUUCGUCUGACCCAGGACCUAAUAAGAGAUCAACAUAAUGCCUGAAGCUUUUUGAUUUUCACUUACCAUCAAAAUCAGUUACUUAUUUAAAUCUGUUUUAGUUUCAUUAAAUAAAAUUGUAACACUAAAGAUUUAUGAGCAAAAAGUGAUACAUUUAAUUAUUAUUUAAAUUUUUAAAUAACUUAACUAAAAUGUUGUAUGUUUAUAUAUUAUAUAUUAUUAUAAUUUAUAAUAUAUGCAUUAUGUUAUCACAAUAGAAAUUAUAAUUGUCAAUCUAAGUAAACCAGGAAUAGACAAUUUAUGAUUUUAUUUUAUUUUUUCUAACUAAUAAUUUAUGUUCAAAUGUGUGUAUUUGAUGCCUUAAAAUAAAAAAAAAUGUUUGAUAAUCUUAAA